GUAAAAGCACCAUGAAUUGUGCUGAGUAUUUUUUCAAUUUCAAAAAUGUGAUUAAGCUUGAUGAUUUAGUGAAACCUGGUGUCAUCACCGCGCCACGAUUUCUUUGUAUAAUACAAGAGGCUCUGUCCCAUCCAUUCCCUGAAGCGAAUCUGGUGACCAAUAAUAAUAACAAGGAAAGAAGCCAUGCUAGCAAUCGUGGUCGGAGGAAUGGACAUGGUCAAAAUAUGAAGAGUUACCAUGACAAUCUUGGACAUAGUGGUGGUCACACUCAUCAGGAUAAUCAUAAUUAUCGAGGUGGUCUGGUUAGUCACUUCAAAGGUUCAUCUCGCCGCCAGAAGUGGCAGAAAAAUGAAAAUUAUGGUAAGGGUGACCCAGGAAAAAAAGAGAGUAUAUGUUUUCAAUGUAGAGGGAGAAACAAUUAGUUGUGCACCCCUUGAAGGCUCAAGCACCUAGUGGAGCUCUAUCAACAAUCAUUGAAGAAUAAAGAGCACAAGGUUGAGACAAGUAUUGUUUGGUUGGUCUGAUCUGGUCUGUUUAAAUCUGGUAUGGUCUGAACUGUGUAGGUCGGGUUGGGUAAAUAUACGAUCUCUAUGAAAUUUAUAACUAUGGAAGCAGUGGCGGAACUAGGGGGAGCCAGCCGGUGCUGCCGCCCCCCGUUCGCCGGAGGUUUUACUGUAUAUAUAUGUAUAUAUACAUGCUCAGCCCCGUUUGAAUGAUAAUAAGUACUAACUGACCCAUCUCUAGAUAGAUAGUAGGAAUGGCACGGAAGUUUUAAGCGUUCUACAUCCCUAGGGGGGACUAGGGUUCGAUC